UCUUCUUCCUGGUGGCCAUAUUGGAGCUAGGAGGACUCUACCUUUACGGUCAGGUGUGUUACCUGUGACUCUAUGAGGAAGCACUUCCGAGGACUGCUGCCAUGGCUGAUCAACGUUGAACCGAAUGAGAGUCACGAUGAUGGGGAACUAUCAUAGGGCGGAUUUCUUUGUGAUUACCUAAGCGGUUGAACCCAUUUUUACUAUAAAUUUGCUUUUCUACCUCAGCUUGCUGUCUGCCAGCACGGGUUUUAGUGCCAGACAGACACGGAGCCGACUGGAGCGGAGGGAAGUGCUUCCUGAUAAUGAGGAGGUGCGUCCUUUUUCCAUUCCAGUGAUUGACUGCGCACGGCUUCCACCGCCCGAGCAGAGCUGGGGGCCACUGACGCAUUGUGGAGUCGGCAGGGGGGCAGCAGCAGCUCUGCAAACCCCGGCUUCGCAGCACAAAUCGGAGGCAUCUCUUCGGCGGAACCGCGAUGUCCGCGGUGCAGCUCGAAUCGGGGGACCACCAACCGGAGAACGGCUUCGUGACUCCCGAAGCCGCGUCGGCGGAGCUGCUGACACGCAUCGAUGACUCCGUGCUGCCGUUUCUCGGGGGAUUUGGGAAAUACCAGAAACAGCUGAUCGUGCUGACAUGGAUUCCGGCGUUGUUCAUUGGAUUCAGCCAGUACUCCGAUUAUUUCCUCCUCGCCCUGCCGAGCAACACAUGCGUUCAUCCUUUGGCCAACCAGACUAAUAAUAACCACAGCCUGGCUCCCUCCUCGUUGUUGCAGCGUCCACAGGACACCAGCGCGCUCCUGGCGUUUGAUCAACAUGCCGGUGGAAAUUACAGCAGCAAGUGUAAUUGCAGCGAGUUGAAGCUGCACACUGGGCUGGUGGAGAACGUAGUUACCAAGUGGUGUUUGGUGGAUGACUCGGCAUGGAAGGUCCACAUCGCAAAAUUCUCUUUGUUGGUGGGAUCAAUUUUUGGUUACUUGGUGUUUGGGAUACUUGCAGACUGGUUUGGCCGUCACCGAGUGCUGAUCAUAUCAGUGCUGUUUAUGCUGGUGUUUGGUCUGGCUGUGGCUUUCUCCACUAACGUCCCCAUGUUCAGCACCUUACGUUUCUUUGAGGGCUUCUGCCUGGCGGGCAUCACUCUCUCGCUCUACGUUUUGAGGGUUGAGCUGUGCCUGCCAGCAUGGCGGUUUACCAUGACCAUGGUGGCCAAUUUUGUGGUUUUAGGCGGUCGGCUCCUUAUGCCCGGGGUGGCGUACCUCUGUAGUGACUGGCAGGUACUUCAGGCUGUCAUCAUCUGUCCCCUGCUGCUUAUGCUGACCUACAUUUGGAUUUUCCCUGAGUCACUGCGUUGGCUGUUGGCCACUCAGCAGUUUUGCCGCUCCAAAUGGAUCAUGGGACACAUCGCUGAGAAGAACAAGGUGGACAUGCAGCUUGAUGCUGACAACAUCCUCACAGAACUGCAAAGAGCUCUUCAGAAGAAACCCAAAAAAACUUGCAUCGUGAAAAUGGUUGGGACGAGGAACCUGUGGAAGAACAUUGUUGUCCUCUGUGUCAACUCGCUAACUGGCUAUGGGAUCCACCACUGCUUUGCUCGAAGGAUGAUAAGGCAGGAAGCUCAAGAAACCAACUGGUUCCAUAACUUUUAUGCACACUAUUACACAACAGUGGGCAUAGCGGUGGCAUCGUGCAUCGCUUUGUGUCCAGCGGUGUGCCUGAUGGGACGGCGGGGCGGGCUUCUCGUGUUCAUGAUCAUCACUGCUCUGGCGUCGCUGCUCGAGCUCGGUCUGCUCAACCUGCUGUGGAAGUACAGUGACCACCUGAACAUAGACAGCUCCGAUACGCUGAAUGACAAGUUCUCCACGGCCUUUUCCAUCAUUGGCAUGUUCUCGUCUCACGCAGUCAGCAACCUGAGCAUCUUCUUCUGUGCUGAGAUCACUCCCACUGUGAUCAGGGGUGGUGGUGUUGGCCUGGUUCUGGCCUGCGCUGGUUUCGGCAUGCUCACUGAACCCAUCAUGGAGCUGCACAAUCAGAAAGGCUAUUUUCUUCACCACAUCAUCUUUGCCUGCUGCACUCUGAUUUGCAUCAUCUGCAUUCUCCUGUUGCCAGAGACGCGCUACCAGCCUCUCCCUGAGACGUUAGCAGAUGGUGAAAACUACACCCGUCAGCCGUUGCUGCACCCGAGGAAGCCGGGAGAAAAGCGCCUGCUGCUCACCCAGUCUGACAGCACCAGGGACUACACCAGAGUCCAUGACACGCCGCUUCACGAGGCGGCCAACAUCGCCGCGUCCACCAUGGAGUCCACCGCCUCUUCGGCUGUUGAUUUGACCGUUCCGAUGGCUGGAGAGGUGUCCGCUCCCACCCACGUGAAGGAACAACACCUUGAGACUCAAGACCCCAACGGUCACACAAUUUCAUCUCCAUCCCUGGCCUCUGCAACAGCACUGAGUAAGGAUGGCUUCAUCCCUGCCAAAAAGGAGCACAUUUUGUCUUCCAGUCCCAUACACAACCCCCCAUGCAUCACAGAUCCUCUUCUAGCUGAUGCAGAAGAACUUUCUGCAGUCCUCGACUCAGCUGAACCACAGAUGGACUGUAAACCUCUUGAAAUAAAUGAUGCAGUUCCUUCCCUGACGAGUGAAAACAACUCAGGCCCGGUUGCUUCCCUGGACUCCUCUCCCCCUCUUACACCAAGAACUGCACCUGCUUCUUUGGUGAUUUGCACAACCCCCAUCAUUGAGCCACCUCCUAGCUCCACGCUGGAGUCUCCAGACCUGCAGGAUCAUCAUGCGAUCAUCACAAAGUGUCAUCCAGCUCCAACAGAAGAUGCUAACAUACCAGACUCCCCUUCUCCACCUUUGCAUGAUAGCCUUCCUCCAUCCCCAGUCCCCUCUCCUGUUCCUGUAGCAGACUCGGUCAUUUCUGUUCCCACAACCAUUCCACAGACUGAUAGUCCACCUCCUUUAGGAAACUCUGAUGGCUCUUCUUCCAAUAGAGACUCUCAUCCACCUAAUUUAGAUUUAGCCUCCAACAGUGAUAACGAUUCAUCUCCUCGUCCCUCUCCUCCCCCUUGUUCAGGCGAUUAUUCAGCAAGACUCACGCCUCCCCCACCUGUUGACUCAGUCAGCAUGCCCUCGGCAGACUCUUCCACCCCGACAGCGUUUCUCCCCAUUCUCCCCGUCACAGACAUUGUGCAGACAUCAACUCCAGAAUCAACGUCCCUGAACAUCACAGACAGUAUGCCAGAUUCAGCUGUUUCUCUGGGCUUGGAUUCAAGUUCUAAUGCUGACUCAGGCCUGACAGAAGCAGCUCCCGCCUCUUUAAUAGACUGCACCGUGUCCUCCCCCAUAGACUCUGGAUUUCUCCCCGUCAGGGACGAGGAGGCGGUCAGCACAGAAAACAACACUGUCAACAGCACAGAGUCCACAUGAUUCUGUGUUGCAGCCAAGAAAUGAAGCUUUAAGUGUUGCACCAGGUGGUCGCCAGUCACGUCUGUAACACAGGAGGAAGGGAGACGGGGGUGAGAACUCCCCUGCUCUGACUUCAGGUACCUGGGGUCGAGUAGACUUACCUUAGAGAGCUGCUUUGUGUUUCUCAGUGCCCCUUCCAACUUCCUCCCCUCUUUGUGCCGUUUAGCCAACAAACGAGACCACGAGAGUGAGCGUAUUCCACCGGCUGGUUUGUGAUGAUAAGUUCGACUUUUCAGGAAUGUCACUGGAAAUCACCAGCGUCCAAAAAAAACCACCGACUUGAAAGAAAAGGGGAAAUCACAGUUGUUACCUUUGAUCACUGAGAAAUGUCAUCAGCACUGGAGAAGGAAUGAAAUUAUCGCAAAUAGUCAAAUACAGAAACGUUGCUACUUUUGCUUCAAUAAAAUGUUCAUAUUUGUACAAAAACAAUGUCGCCUUAUCUAAAUGGACAAAAAAAAACACCUGAAUGUUACAAACGGACUUCUUGUUGUGAAGAUAAACGAUUCAAAUUGGUGGAUUUUUGUUUCCUUAUUCAAACUCAAACCAAAAACUACCCUAACCAAAACCGUCCCGUAGAUGUAGUGCCAAAACAUUAGAAGCAUCUUUCUGGGGAAAGCCAUGGAGGACGGGAAGCUGACGUCACGUCACAUUGAAUUUUGGGUAUUUGUGCCAAAUUUUUGUAAGUAUAAAACUAUUAAACUCCAGCUUCUAAAGUUAGGUUUAAUUCAAUUUCUGAUGUUUCUAUUUCUAAAGAAGAAAAAACCCCAUUUCAUAUUGUCAGUGAUCAUAAUGUGUUUAUUUGUGUAACAAUUUCAGUUUGACUUUAUUUCAAAUGAAUUUGUCUCUAUUGGUCCGUUUUCAUCCUCCAACCCAUUAUUUUCCAACCGAACUGGAGCUAAGCUGGCACCAAAACCAGUCGGCAUGGAAACGAGGCACUCCUGUCCCAACAUGCAAUCCGGCGUGACGUAACUUCUCAUUCUCUAACUCAAGAUUAUUAUUUAAUAUGGAAAAUGAAUUCAAGAGAAAAGCUGUUUUGCAAUCUGAUUUCCUAUGAAUGUGGGCUGAACUGCUUUUGUUAGCACAUUUCUUAAGCAGAAAAUGUUUAUUUUACAAUCGUUUCAGCCAAUGAAAGCUAUGGUAUGCAAUUGUAAAAGAAAAAGAGUAAAUGGUAAACUAGUUGUGCAACUGGACUCAGUUUUGUUUUUAAACUCAAAGUAUUAUUUUUGACACUCUCCUAUGGCGUGCCCUUAUUGUACAGAACUAUUUCUUACAGUAUUUGUGACACCUCGUCGCGGUGCCACAUUAUCGUGUGUGGUGAGGACAAAAAGCAUGAAAAAAAAGUUUGUGAAUGUGUCAAAACUAUAAAAAAACAUGAAAAAAAAUGUUUUUGAAGUGUAAUCCAUGGACUCCAAAAAUGUUUGAUGCAAUUUCCAAUCAUCCCUAAUUAUGAGUGUUUUCCAGAUCAUCUUCUGACAUUGACAGUUAACGUCUGUGCUUUUAUUUAGACAGACACACUAACACACCUAAUCCCAUCUGUUUAAAAAAUUGCAAUACAUGACAUUUAAAAAAAUUAACUUAGUAUCUUUUUUCUAUUUUUAUUUUUUAAUAAGGAAGCACUUUCUCUUCCAAAGCCUGUGUCCAUUUAUGGACAUCAGUAUACUUGACUUAAAGGGGUGGUUCAGAUUUGUUUUUGAAGCGGUGUUCUGUAGGAAAACGUUAUGACCUAAUAUCAGCUUACCUGUUGUAGAUAACUCAACAACCUCAGUUUGGAGAAGUAGAUUAGCCUUGAUUGCACUGACAUGCCUUAAAACUUCAAAGUAAACUCAGUCGUAAAAAUGUAUUACAGUUGAAGCAAACGCUUUAUCAUUAGCCUUUGCCCUGUUGGCGUCCAGGUCUGCAGCAGCUAUUCCCACCUUUCCAGAUUACCAUUCAUCCAGGGCAUAACAGCCCUAAAAGUUUAAAACAAAUCAUUUUCUUGCAUCUUGAAGACAUUUCACCUUUCAUACAAAAUGCUUCUUCAGUUCUGAUCAUGGGUUAGAAGUUCCAGGCUCAUAAAUUGUUCUAGAACAAUCACUCAACUCCCCUGGUGGUUUCACACCUUUAGGAACGUGAUCUAAAACACUAAUUUCCAUGAACUGCUAUGAGAAUCUUCAUUGAUGGGUUUGCUUGUCAGUCUAGUUGGAGCUAAUCUGUUAAUCCAAACGUAUUUCGGUUAUUCCAGCAGCUCUCUACAGCAGGUAAGAUAAUCGUUCCUGACAUUUCCACCAAACCUCACUUUAAAACACAGGUAUUACUUGACAGAUGUGAAACUUUUGAAGUUUAAUGUUUGCCAAAAGAAGGACACGUGAUUAUGAAUUAGCCACCGUCUACAGCAAGCCUCACAAUAAUCAUCAGUAAUAAUAAUUUUGUACUUUAUAAAACUCAGAGACCACUGAAUGACAUCUUGUCUUUCCAAAUGUGAUAAAACUCAUAUGUCCAGGGAGUACUGGUCAUCCAUCAGUGUGUCGUUCAGGUGUCAAACACAUUUAAUGUUCUGCAAUCAGAUGAAAUAUACUCCAAAAUUAAGUCUGCACACUAAAACACUGCUACAUCUUUUAGGAUAUUUUAUGGAUUCAUGUGUUUCUCAAAUGCAAAAUGGAUAAAACUGUUCACUUUUGGUUGUAUAUGUGCCACAAACUGCCACUAUUAUUAAAUGUAAUCGAUGGUUUAGUGCUAUACGUAAAUGCUGCGCCCAAGCUUGCUGCACAUCAAAGCACAACGAACAGCAAUCAUUAGGUGUUAUAAUUGGUGUUUUUAUGUGGAAAAAUGAUAAAAAAAGGGAAAAUCAUUUGGGAUUUAGUAGUUUAUCUAAAAGGUAGUGACUCGUUCUCUUCUGCAACAGAAUCCCGUGACAGGGAGGGUGUUAGUAAUGUUCGUAAGGAAUCAGUCAAAUGAGCGUGCUAUUGCAAGUGUUAGUGUUUGUCUCAGUGUGUGUACGUGAGCAUUGAAGCUGUGUUUGUUCAACACCUCGUGCAAGAUCUGUGACCAAGCACACAUUUAGUGUCUCCUCUGAGAACUGUUACUUCACCUUCUGCCACACAGCUAUUUCAGCGCUGGAGGGGCCACAUCUCAUCCAUGCUCUCAAUUUAGAUAUAAAAAUUUUUCAUAAAUGCUACAUUACCACCAGCGACAGGGUAGAUUGACAGACAUUUGUGUUUUGCGGAGGGGAAAGACAAGUUGAGGGUUUAAAAAAAAUGAAGGAUCAGAAAUCCUAGCACAGACUGGUGGAGCUAGUUUUGGAGAGGGGGCAGAAACGCUGCACACAUUUCAGGUUUUGCUUUCUCUCAGCCGUGCAGAUUUGAAUGAAUGUAACAACCAUGGAUUGUACACUUGUUUGGUUUCAUUUUGUUAUUUUAACAGGCAUAUUGCACUUGUAUAUAAGCCAUACCUGUUGUUAAAAUAAACCAUUAUUUAUUGAUGAA